UUGCAGAAUAUGUGAUUAUGGAAAACUGAAACUGUCAUUAGACAUUUCUCUCCUCAUUAGUAAAUAUUUCCAAAAUAUAAUUUAAAGGAAUUUAAGAUGAUUUAAAAUGUUUUGCCAUAUAUGUUAGAUACUUGAAGAUAUUGUGUUGAGGGGACGGACUAUUUGAAAUAAUGUUGAACUGAAAACCUGGAAAAAAAAUGUUAAGCCGAUUUUCAGACGUUUUGCAAACUGCUGCGGACGUUCUUGCUCCGCCGCCGACCAGACUUGAAGAUUUCGAAUACCAUUGGAAAAUGGUACUUAAUUUUUAUCGAAAUUACGAUGAAAAGACGAAAGUACAUAUAGAAGACACGAGAGUUCCGCACCACUUGCAUCAAAUGUUACAGUUAAUAGUAGACGAAGAGAAAGAACAGAAUGAUGGAACGGUUGGACCGUGUCUGGAGUCAAUUAUCCAGCGUUCCAUAUCACUGCUGGACGUCCUGGUAGCUCUGGCAUCUGUGGAUAGGCCUCCAGGUGCCAGGGCUAUGGCGCUAUCAUUAGCAACAGCUCUAUUAAGACGUACGAGAAGGCCAUGCAUCAAUAGCGCCCAUGUUUAUAGACCUUUGCAGAGAAUGUUGGUACAGUGCAAUGAAAGUCCAGCAUCUCCCACGGAAAAGGAAGAAGUAGAGCUUCUUUUGACAUUAUGCGGCCUAGUCCGCAAGGAAACCGGCUUAGCAAACAUAUUCACUACGCCAUUCGUGGAGGACAAGGCGAGUCUGCUCAGCAUACCCAAAGAUAUACAGACGCUGAUACCCAUCAAGAAGAAACUUCACACCCCAAAGAAGAAUCCGUUAUUCGAAGUGAACAUGACGCCGAGUCCAAUGAAAACUGUUUCCAUUGUCAGAAUAAAUAAAGACGAUAAUUGCCAGCAGUCGAACAGCUCUGGUGACGAUCACGAAUCCUGUAAGAGUCAGAAGACGGUUAAUGAGGAUAAUGAUAAAUUCCUCCUGAUUGAUCUGUUGCUGUCGUAUUUGAAUAGUGCUGAUAACCAAGUGGUUCUCCGGGCAUGCGAGGGUAUCAUGAUAGUGUCGUCGCUCCCGGAAGACGAUAUCGCUAAUUUGGUGACGAGCAGCCCGGCCUGUGAGACGAUCAUCGAUAAAUUGGUUAAUAAGUACCGGGCCAUCCCUAGUGACGUGGACCCGAAUGACGUUGAUCACUUGAACAUUACGUGGGCGUAUGUGGCCCAAGAUUUCGGUGACAAAAGUUACAAUCGCUUCCACGGCUACAGGGAGCUGACGAGUUUCUUUUCGUGGUUGGAUUACGUGGACACUUUGAUGAAGGAAUGCCACCCCACCAUAUCGUCUCACUUGGCUCGCAUAUUCCGCUGCCACUUCCUGGACGCCGUUCCCGAAGCAGCCAGCGGCGCUGUGUUGUCGUCAGCCUUGCUAGCGAAAUGUCUCAGAGUGUUGGACGCGAGUGAUCUCAUACAGGAGUUCUCAAGUUGGUUGGUCGGGGAGGGCGAGUGUGAGUGGUCAGUGCUACUGUCUCUGGUCGACAACUGCCUCACCGACAAGCACGAUCUCACGCUAGAGACGCUGAGGUUUUUUGAGGCUAUUAUAGAAAAGGGCACAGAGCACAGUAUGGAGCGGCUCGUGCUGUCUCGCGUGUGGUCACGUGGUUACUAUCACUCCCCACCCAACGGCGCGCUACAGGACGAGAGGGACAGACUCAAUGACGUCUCGCACGCGAGGGAAAGAGAGAGAAACAGGGAAGCGAUGCAACAAAUGCAGCACGAAGAAAAGAUCAACAGUCAAGUCAGCGAGCUCCUGAACGAUGGUGGCACGGAUUGUGACAUACACAGAGUUAUAAACAGGAGAUUAGGAAUACUUAAAGAGCGACUUCAAGAGAUUAUCGCGUCUGAGAAGUUUGAGAUGCUACAAUUAUCUUAAGAUAACAUAUACGUGUUUUAUAUCUAAGACUGAAACUUAUACUUACUUAUAAUAUAUUUUUAAUUCUUUUUUUGAUAUGUACAAGUGUUUUUGCCAUUAGUUAAUUAUAAAUAUGUUUUUGUCUUGAGCAAGCGUGGUGGUUAAUGCUCUAACCUUCUCCGUGCGAGGAGAGGCCUUUGCUCAGCAGUGGCCUCCGAUAGGCUGAUGAUAUUUUUGUAUAUAUUUUGUAUUUGUACAUAUUACUGUUUUGUGUGUACAAAAUAAAAUUAUAUGUAGGGGAUAGAUUUUUUUUUUCACAGUUUUUUUAGGUUUAGGAAGAUGGUAAGAUAUAAUUUUAUGGAAAACAAAAUUCUCUGUGGACGUAUGUUUUUAUUUGACAUAAGAAUUUUAUUUAAUUGAUGAAAAUUUUGUUUGUGUUGUAUUUUAUGAUCGGAUCUUUAUAUUAUUGAUGGCCUAAAAAUUGAAAAAUAUUUUAAAUAACUGUAAAUUUAUAAGUUUUCUGUGUUAGAGUGAAUAUCUGAAGCUUUUUUACUUCCAACGAUGUCUCUUCCACAACAGUUACUUUUAAAACAAUGUACACUACAUUAAUAUGCUAAAACUUCAAUUAAAAAAAUUUUUUCUUAUAUUUGUUAGACAUUUUGCCAUACUAAAGCCAUUACAUAUACGUACAUAUUAGUGUAAUUUAAAUAUCCCUAAGACAGUUAUAAAAACUAUGGUUUUAGCAUACGGAAUUAUAAUACACUUUUGGAAAGUUUAUAAUAAAAAAAAGUAGUCUUAAUUUAUGUGUAAAGCAAGGGAAUAAAGUUAUAGGAACAUAAUGAAAUGAGUAGGAUAAUGAAAUUUAAGACAUAAUAAUCUUUUCAAAUAAUUAAAUUUAUAUAUAUAUGCAUAUAAGUUGAUGUAUAUUAUCACAUAUGUUAUUCGAUUAAUUUAUUCUUAUAAUUUUUUUUUUUUAUAUGAAAAUAUAUAAAUUAUAUGAAACAAACAUAUCAUUUGUUGUUACAAAAAAAAAAGAUUUUUUUAUCAAUUUCUAAGUUUUAAAAUGUUCACUCUUUUGGACAUAAGUCUAUGUAUAUAGUUUGUGAAUGAAAAUGUUAGUGACUACCUUCAUUAGUUAUUUCAAUCUAAAACAGAUGAGUUUUUAUCUUAAGAUCAUCUUAUAGAUAUUAUACUCUUAAGUAAAUUAAGAUUAUUAUAUAUCUAUGUGAGAAGAGGCCUUUGCUCAGCGUUGGGCUCGGAUAGGCUGAUAGUGAUAUAUGUUUACACAACCACACUUAUUUAUACCGUUUAACAACUCGGUUGUAAAUUUCUUCCUUGUGUUAUGUUAGUUAAUAAUAUUAUACAAAUAAAUUCUGUAUUGUUAUUGUAUAAAUUAAAUAGUUACAACAUCUAAA